GCUCGGUUUUCACACAUCGGUCUCCUGCUAUGCGCCUGGCUUUUGUGGAGCCAACCUUGACCUUGCAUUUGGAGCUGCCGUCAGCAGAACCCCUGUGCCUUCUGCCCUCAUUCUCAAUUUCACUUAUUUCUUGGGCCGGUAUAUGGAUAGAAGUUCCCUGUUUAAGCUCAUACAGGAGCAGCUGGAUCCAGAGAACACCGGUUUCAUUGCAGUGGAGAAUUUUACCAACUUGGUGGAGCACCAUGAGUUGCAGCUCGAUCCCUCCAAACUUGAGAUGCUUUUUGCCUUGGUGCAGAGCAAUGAGGAGGGGCAAGUAUGCUACCAGGAGUUGAUUGAACUACUCAGUAGUAAGCGCUCCAGCAGUUUUCGCAAAGCAAUUGCCAAUGGUCGACGUACUUUGCAGAGAGAAAUCCUCCUGGAUGAGACAGGGCUUGGCAUUUACAAGCGAUUUGUGCGCUAUGUUGCAUAUGAAAUUCUACCCUGUGAAAACGAUAGACGCUGGUACUUCCAUCAGAAUCGUUUCUGCCCACCGCCUGUCUUCAUGGCAGUCAUCACAGUUGUACAAAUCAUUGUGUUUAUUUGCUAUGGUGCCAAACUCAACAAAUGGGUUCUCCAAACAUACCACCCAGACUUCAUGAAGAGUCCACUUGUUUAUCAUCCUGGACAUCGGGCCCAGGUGUGGAGAUUCUUCACUUACAUCUUCAUGCAUGUUGGGUUAGAGCAACUUGGGUUCAAUGCCCUUUUGCAGCUUGUCAUCGGAGUACCACUCGAGAUGGUUCAUGGCCUUGUGCGCAUAAGCCUUCUGUAUAUUGCUGGUGUAUUAGCAGGCUCCCUGACAGUCUCCAUCACUGAUAUGAGGGCUCCAUUGGUGGGGGGAUCCGGCGGAGUCUACGCUCUCUGCUCAGCACAUCUUGCUAACGUUGUCAUGAACUGGGCUGGAAUGCGCUGUCCAUACAAACUACUUCGGAUGAUCUUGGCUCUUGUUUGCAUGAGCUCAGAGGUGGGUCGUGCAGUAUGGCUUCGUUUUUCCCCUCCAUUGCCCUCAUCAAGCCCUCAACCCAGUUUCAUGGCACAUUUAUCUGGAGCUGUGGUAGGGAUCAGUAUGGGGCUUCUCAUCUUACGCAGCUAUGAAGAAAGCCUUCAGCGGCAGUGUUCCUGGUGGGUCAUUAUUUUCUCCUUUGCCACAUUCCUCAUCUUUGCUAUCUUCUGGAAUAUCUUUGCCUAUGAACUGCUGGGGGUGCAAAUCCCACUCCCUCCUUAACGGACACAUUCUAAAUUCAACUGAGAUCCAUUCUCCAGGACUGAUGCAAAUCAUCAAAGUCCAGCCUGGCAGGGGCAGAGGGAGGUGGUGGGAGGGAAGGAGUGGUGAUGCAGUCACUAUUAUUCAGUAUUAUUAACAGGUUAUGAACAUGGACCGAGUCAGCACGUGCAAUGCCCCUCAGCUAUGUACUGGACACAGGCUUAUUCUCAGCAUUUCUUUUCAACAGCUGAGAUCCUCUGUGACAAUCUCAGGGGAAGAAAUCAGGUCCACAAUUAAUGGGAAAUAGGGGAAGCAUUUUAAGUGGAAAAAUAUAGGUAUUGAAAAAAAAAGUAUUUUACAGACAUAAUGUAUUUUUGUUACAGGAAUCUGACUCAUCUGGCUGGCAUAGAGUUAAUUUGGCCUUAUAGAUGGAGAGGCUACUUUUAGCUAUACAGUAGAAUAAAAAUCACUUGGUGUUUGUCUAACAAGGUAAAUUCCAAAUUCAGAAUUUCAAUCAGAUAAGGCAAUUAACUCUCACCAGCAUUCUUCUGCUGAUAAUUAUCAACAGUGUCAUGUGGUGGUUUAAAAAGUUGCCCAAAAAUGGACAAGUCUGUAAUUUUUCAAAAGAUUUCAAACCCUUUUAACUGUUCCAUCAUUUAACUUCUGUCUUAUUUAUGUACGGGGGUUGGUGGGGGGUUGGAAAAUAAUGCAAAACAACAUGCUGGGCUUUAUGACUAUUUAAUAAUUAUUUAGCAGUACUACUAUUAUCCAGGGCAGCAUAGUGGUAGAGCUGCCGCCUUACAGUAAGGAGACCAGGAUUUGCAUCCCGGGUCCUCCUUGCAUGGAAUUUCCUCCCACUGUCCAAAGGUUAGGUUAGAUGAAUUGCCAAUGCCAAAUUGACCCUAGUGUGUGUUUGGUGGUGGGGAGGGGGCGGUGUGUUCACCCUGUUCCUACCUUAUAUCUUAUAUUAUCUGGGAUAGGCUCCAGCACUGACCACCCCCAAGCAACUCCAGUCUGGAUUAAACAAGUGUGAAAAUGAAAUGAUAUAACACUAUUAUCCAUGUAAAAUAACAAAGCAAAAAAAACAAAAAAAAAAGGUUUUCCCAUUUAUUUCCUAUAAAUAUAUAUUACAAACAUAUCUUCUAUACUGGUUACAGAAACAAGGAUACCAGCAUUAGAGAAAGUGUUUCAAGAGAUUCCUCUUUUAAUUUAUCUUUCUGAAAGUUGGCACUGAAUGAUGGCCAAUUAAACAGCUUUCCCCUUGGAACAGUUUUUUUUUGCUAUAAGAGUUGUUCUAUUUAAAAAAUAUAUACAUUAUAUAUAUAUUCUAGAAAUAUUUAUAAAAAAAAAAAACAGGUUUAGUCAAUUUCUAACAUCCUAGCAGACACCUCAGACUGCUUCUGAGCCAUUUUUGAGACUGAGGUAGUGGCCUUCCACACUGUGUAAUACCUCUGAGUGGCAGCCUGAUCAGGCCAGCUAAUCCUCCAUGGCCCAAUGCCUCAUUUUUCAUAGCUCUAGGCUCUCUAUCUCACUCUUUCACGUAACUGGAAAGGAGUUCCAGAUACACAACCUCAAGAGUGGUAACCUUGAAAGGUUAAGAUUUUUCAAAAAGCAAAGUAAAUAAAUUCACACUAUUAAGGUAUUAAAUUAUAGCAGCAAUAAAUGUAGAUUAAUACAGUUUUGCUGGUAAAUUACUGAGUAAAUUUACCUCAGUUUAUAGUUUGUCAGGAAUGAAAUUGAUUUCUUAUGUACAGUACAAGUCUGUUCAGCCCUGAGCUGUAUAAAAGAAUGAACAUAUCUGCCAUGAUGAGUCAGUAUUCAAUUAAUGGAAAUAAUGUUUGGGUGUUUGCAGUCAUUCUUAGCAAAAAUCCAAGAGCCCUGCAGAAAACAUACGUAGUGUCCAAAGAUAAAAAUGGUAAGCUGCCCUCCACAAAACGAAGGCUAGCUUUGAUCACUUGGAUGUUGUGGGCUGACUUUUGCAUUCUUAACUUUGGCUUGCUGCAUUACAGGCUGGUACUAGGUUGCAAUUAUUGAAAAAUGGUUUUGGAAAACUUAAAAGUACUGUAAAAGAAAAUUGUAGGCUACCCAAGAAAAUUAUUUUUAAUGCUAGUUAUCUUGGUAAUAAGCAUUUAUUUGCCUGCAUUUUCCAAAAGGAUUUGGGUACUUUGUGUGAUUCUCACAACUGCCUAGGCUUGCUUCCCAGACUCCUCCUCGAGACACCCAAGCUAUUCCAUGAAUUUCUUAACCUUCACCAACAGCAAACAACAAAAGAGCAAAGAGCAACAAAAGUCAAAAGAAAAGUUAUAGUAAAUACUGCAAGAAGGUUGGAAGAUUUAACCACAAGAAACCUUGAAAAAAUGAUCAGUUUUGUACUUUUAAGGUAGGUCACAUAAAAUACUGAUAUGAUUUAAAACACAAGAUAUUCUGGUUCCUUUUUAUUAUAUCAAUGUUUAUGUGUAUUUAUUCUUAUGUUAAAAUUGUUUUACCUGCCCAGAAAACUAGAUUUAAAAUAUUUUUCCUUGGUUGGAUUAAGGGCCAAAUCAAGACAUUACACUAACUGAACACCUAGACAAUUUCUGGUCUAUUCUUCUAUUACUUCUUCUCAUUUAAGCCUAGAUUGAAGGGUUUCAGUGUCCAAGAUCUAUGUGCAUGCCAUGAAUCUUGAGGAAAUUUGUUUUGUAUGUUUAUUGCUUCUUUUGCUUUUGGCAGAUGAAUCCUUGAAAAAAUAUUCUUUGCAGGUACAGCUCAAAGACUCAUCCAUAAGUGUCGCUCUCUCAACUCAGAUAACCUGCUUCAUCCUCCCAAAGGUUAAUGUAUGCAAGUGUCCUGUCAGGUAAAUGAGAAUAUAGAUCAGUACUCCUAAAAAUGUUGGGAGUAUCACCACCCUAAAAGAAAUCUUUGUCUGCAUGUGAGUAAUUUGAGUGUGUUCUGAUUUAUUAAAUCACAAUUUGGGGGUUUAUUUCCAUACAACAGAAUAUUUUCAUAUUCUGUACACUGGAUGUCAAAUUUCACUUUGCUUUUUGACUUCUGAUUUUGGCCUUGACCUGUUUUUUGACUUUGAUUUCUCUCAUCUCCUGACUGCAUAGUUUUGUGUCUGCUGUUUAACUCUGGUGGAACAGACUUGGGGUCACAUGUACCUACUGGUUACUGUAAACAUAUCAGCUGUCUGUGUAUCUCACAUUUUCUAAAAUUUCUAAUUAUUACUCUGUCAGUGACUUCACUCUAGUGUCACCCUUUACUUGUCUAACGCCCUGAAUGGGUGUUUCUGUGUAUACAUCUAUAUGUUACCUGCAGCUUAUAGUUACCAAGUAUUAGCACCACUCAGUGGUUCAAUUAUGUAGAUCACAAUAAGGAAAAAUGAGGGCACUCCCCUGCAUCCCAGUGUUUCUACAUUGCUUUCUGAUAAGGAACCAGAGUGGUAGUGUAGCACACAUGACUCCUGUUGGCCACCUCACCAUGAUUGAGACCAGUAUAUCUAAACAAAGCAGAAUACCAAGGAUAAGAAAGUGACAAAUUAUACAUUACAUUUUUCAUGAGCCUUAAAUUUUAUUUAUGCAGUGUGUUAAGAAGAAAGUGUCAGGGUUCAAUUGCAGAAAUUUCUUAAAAUAAUGAGUAAGAAAGGCUCUGACAAGUGGUGGUGAUCGAUGAGACACCUGAAGUAAAAAUGUCUGAUCAUAAAAGGAUGCCAGCAGCUUUACAGCUGUAUUAUCUCAAAUACCAUGGGACACAAUUUUAUUUUUAUAUCCUCCUUUUAUUUUCAUUUAGUCCCUAGUCUGAAGUAUUAAUUCUGAAAAGAGGUUUUACUCAUAAGUGUAUUUCUUUUUCUUUUGUACUUUUCUUGAUGCUCUGGAGCACCCUGAUCACAAACCCUGUCUCUGCCUUCUUUGGAUGUCUGCAUGCAUCUCAAAGCUGUUUUGAUCUGGUUGUUUCUUA